AUACUUGAUACAACGAGCAAAGACAAAAUUAAAUGGGUAUUACAAAGACUUCAGUGACUUUUUUAUUCUUAUUAAUAUUGGCUGCUUUUGUAUCCAAUUACAACGUAUUGGCUUCAGAGAUCAAACCUACAGGGAGAAUUGAUGAUCAAUGCAAGCAGAUGUGUUCGGCAACGUACGGGGACGGUAAAUGUGCCUCGGACUGUAGGAAGGCUGGUUUCUCAUCCGGACGUUGUCUAACUUCUUCUCCUUUCGGAAAUAAAUGUUGUUGCACCAAGUGAUACAAACCGAUCUAUAUGAGUUUUCUCUUGUUGGAUUGCCACAAAAAAAUCAUAAAUUAAAAAUUCCUUAACAAAAAAA